CAUUUUUUUUCCCUUCGUAGUUUUAGGGAGUCCUCUGAGAACGUAGGCAGUGGGUGGGCACAGACCUCUUCCCUUAUCCCAACGUAGCAGCUAUAAGUAUGGAAACGGACUUGUUCACAGUCAAACUGAGAUUUCUUGAGAGGAGAGAUCAUUGUCCCAAAUAUGAGACCACAUACAGCGAUGAAAGUAUACAUGCUCCUGACUGCCUCCAUCACCUGGGCCCUUCACGAUGCCCACCUGCAGCACCAGUACCAGCACCGCGACCCCGUGACCUUCGAGCUGCACCUGUGCACUCAGUGCCCGCCGGGCACGGCGGUGAGGCGGCACUGCGGCCCGCACGGCCCCACCGAGUGCAGCCCGUGCCCCCCGCAGCACUUUGCCGAGCAGUGGCACUGGGGGGAGAGCUGCCAGUACUGCACGGCCGUCUGCAAGGAGAAGCAGCUGGUGCGGCAGGUCUGCAACGCCACGCACGACCAGGUGUGCGAGUGCCUGCCCGGCUACCACCUGGAGGUGGAGUUCUGCGUGCGCCACACGCCGUGCCUGCCCGGCAGCGGAGUCAUCGCCCUGGGCACGCCGGCGAGUGACACGGUGUGCGCGGCGUGCCCCAAGGGCUACUACUCGGGCGUGGCGUCGGCCACGGAGCCGUGCAUCCCGCACCGCAACUGCAGCCUGCUGGGCCACCGCACCCUGCAGCGCGGCACCAGCACGCAGGACGUGGUGUGUGACAACGACGCCGUCGUCUCCACCGAGUGCACCAGCCACGACAUGCAGUGCCACACAGACACGUUGCUGUGUGAGGAGGCCAUCUUCCAGUUCCUGGCGUCCCCCCGGCUGGCCUCCAUCCCGCUGGAGCGGCUGCUGGAGAGCCUGCCCGGCCGCCCCGUGGACUGGAAGAGUGUGGAGCGUCUGAAGAAGGCCUGCAGCCCCCAGCAGCAGAUGCUGCAGCUCCUGAGGCUCUGGAGGGAGCAGAACAAGGACCAGGACAAGAUGUUCAGCAUCAUACAAGGAGUGAACGUGUGCGAGCGCAAGGUGCUGCGCUGCGCGGGCCUGAAGAACCUAACCCUGGGCGACCUGCUGGCCGUGACCCACAGCCUGCCGGGGGUGCGCGUGAGCGAGGAGGAGGUGCACACGCUGGUGGUCUCCUGCCCGUCCCAGCAGCACAUCCUGCAGCUGCUGCACCUGUGGAAGAGCCGCAACAGCGAGCGCGACGUGGGCAAGGCCCUGGCCCAGAGCCAGAGGCGCCUGCGGGGCCAGGGCGUGUCCAAACGCCUGCUCAAGAGCCUCAAGCGCAUCGCGCGCAUCAUAGGCGCCUCCACCAUGUACCGCCUCUACGAGAAGAUGUUCUUCAACAUGAUCCAGGACAGCUCGUGCUUCAAAUCCAAAACGUACAACGACUAGUCUCCACGGCUACUGUGGACUAGAACUAGACCAGAGUUUUUUUUUCAUAUUAUUUGCAGAGUUAUUUAAAAAAAAAGAAGUUGUACAUAGUUGAAUCUCAAAAA